UGCAGUUUGCACACAUCCUCCUCCUCGAGGAUCCCACCCUCAUCAUGGCCGACUCUGACCCCGGCUCGUCCACCCCCGAAAUGGCCGCCAAGCACGACUUCCCCGACAUGACGGCCGGCGAGAAGGAGGGCUUCACUCGCCUGCUGCGCCCCGACGACAGCUACACCCCCGAGGGGGUCUACUGGGCCGACCUGCCCAUGGGCCAGCGCGUCAAGUUCGUCACCUCCGUCGACCGCAAGGAGACCAGCCGUCAGUUCUCCGAGCUCUGGGCCGAUAUCAAGGCCGAUCCCCUGAGCCCUAUCCGGGACUACGUCCACAACUCCAUCAUCCCCGGUUUCGGUAUUGGUCUUGAGGGUUACGUCCUCCUGUCCAUCGGAAACAUCUCCACCCUCUUCGAGAAGUCCUUCGAGUCCUGCUGGGACAAAUACGAGAUCUGUAACGCCGACUGGAUCGACGCCAUCACCUACCUCGAGAUCAUCGGUAUCAUCUUCGGACAGGUCACAGUGGGCUUCGUGGGUGACUGGAUCGGUCGUCGUUGGGGUCUGCUCCAGGAUGCCUGGAUCAUGUUCCUGGGUCUGGUCAUGUUGACCUGCGCCUGGGGUGUCACCCAGAACGGCUGGGUCAUUUGCUAUGCCUGGUCCCUCUUCAUCUACGGCUUCGGUGUUGGUGGUGAAUACCCCAUGACCGCCACCAGCGGUAUGGAAAACGCCGUCGGCUCCGGCAAGCUGUCCACCCGCGAGGAUCGUCUGCACCGUGGAGCCAAGAUCGUCAGCAUCUUCUCCAUGCAGGGCUGGGGUCAGGUCAUCAACCAGGGCGCCCUCAUGAUCCUGCUGCUCAUCUUCAACGCCGGCAGUGGUCUCGAGCCCAUCAGCCAGACCAACGCCCAGUGGACCUACCGCAUUUCCUUCGUCAUCCCCAUGAUCGGCACCUUCUGGCUCAUCUACUACCGUGCCUACCACAUGAAGGCCGCCAGCAAGCAGCUGGCUGCCACCAAGAAGCGCUCCUCCGUCACCGGAUACGACACGCAGUCCCUCAGCCUCACCUUCAAGUACUUCACCCCCCGUCUCCUGGCGACCGCGGGCGGUUGGUUCGCCAACGACAUCUUCUUCUACGGCGCCAAGCUCUUCUCCAGCGACUUCAUCGCCGUCAUCAGCCCCGACUCCAAGUCCAUCUUCACCUCCUGGGAGUGGAGCUUCAUCAACUGCGUCGUCACCCUGGCGGGCUACUACGCCGCCAUCCUCUUCGUCGACAACAAGCUGUACGGACGCAAGUGGAUGCAGAUCAUGGGCUUCCUGCUCUGCUUCAUCGUCUACGUCGUCCCCGCCUUCAAGUACAAGUACUACACCGAGGCCGCCCACAUCCACUCCUUCCAGGCCAUGUACUUCCUGGGCAGCUUCUUCAACCAGUUCGGCCCUAACUGUAUCACCUUCCUCGUCGCCGCCGAGGUCUUCCCCACCCCCAUCCGCGCCACCGCCCACGGCAUCUCCGCCGGCUGCGGUAAGCUGGGUGCCCUCGUCGCCGCCGUGCUCUUCAACUACAUCGACACCCAGACCAAGUUCUACUUCGUCCCCUGGUUCGGCCUGCUCGGCAUGUUCCUCACCUAUUUCUUCCUCCCCGACACCACCGGCCUGGAUCUGAAGGAGCAGGAACGCCGCUGGCGCUAUCUCCGUGACGGUCGUGAGCACGAGUACCACGGCGUCGCCGUCCACCCUAAGCAUCUCUCCGUGUGGGAGCGCUUCCGUGGCGCCGGCAAGUACUAUGACCCCGAGCUCGACUACCAGCAGCGUCUCCAGGAGUACCGCUCCGAGUGGGAGACCAUCAUGUCCCGUCGCAACGAGGAGACCAAGAACGAUGAAGACUUUGAGGUCCUUGUCGAUGAGCAUCUCUUCGAGGGCUCCGUUCACGACUACUUCUACCGCACCACCUCCUCGAAUAAGGGCGGUACUGUCGAGAAGUUCACCGAGUCCGAGACCUUCCACUAG